UGGUCUGUAGUGAAGGUAUGCAAACUUUUCUCCAGCACCGCAUGUUCUCCGUACUGAAGCUGGUCAACCCAACACACGCACUCCGUGGGGCACGUUAAAAAAGAAGCUGCCCUCCUUGACCUUAAUGAAACGAAAAGUUUGGAGGACGCUUGGGUAAAGGACCGGUCGAGGAUGUUGCCUGUUUGUGAGUUUUUUCAAAAAACAGAAUCAUUGGAUGAUAAGAAGCAGAAAUAGAAACAGAAAUUGAGGCAAUUUAGUCUUUGUCGGUUGUCAAAGCAAAAAAACCUGAUCCUCUAUAAAAAGUACCCAGAACAACACGGGCGGUGUUUUUCAUGGUUUGGUGUUAAUAAUUACUCUAAUAAAUAAACAGCUGAUUCUGCAUAUUACCACAUGUGACCAAAGUUCUCGGUCCAAGCUGACCAAGCUGAACUGUCCCGCCCAGCCUUACCAUUGCGCCCGCAUGGAGGCGUGCAUGAGAGGCGCCAGGCUUCCCGGGAAGCUGCGGUUGCUGUGAGAACGGCAGAAAGUUUCAGGUUUGACCGAAGAGCAGAGAUGGAGGAGCCCCCGUCCGAAGAAGUCUCCAUCAACAAUCCGGCAGACAUCGCCGUCAUCGUCGGAUACUUCCUCAUGGUCAUCGCCGUUGGCGUCUGGUCCAUGCUUCGGACCAACCGUGGGACCGUGGGGGGAUACUUCCUGGCCGGACGCUCCAUGGCUUGGUGGUCGGUUGGGCCCUCCCUGUUUGCCAGCAACAUCGGGAGCGGUCACUUCGUGGGCCUGGCAGGGACCGGGGCGGCGGGGGGCAUCGCCGUGGGAGGCUUCGAGUGGAACGCCCUGUUCAUCGUGCUGCUCCUGGGCUGGCUCUUCGUACCCGUCUACCUCACAGCCGGGGUGAUCACGAUGCCGCAGUACCUGAAGAAGCGCUUCGGCGGGACCAGGAUCAGCCUCUACCUGUCCGUCAUCUCGCUGUUCCUGUACAUCUUCACCAAGAUCUCAGUGGACAUGUUCUCUGGAGCCGUGUUCAUCCAGCAGGCCUUAGGCUGGAACAUCUACGUGGCGGUCAUUGCCCUGCUGUUGAUCACGGCCUUGUACACCGUCACGGGGGGCCUUGCAGCUCUGAUGUACACGGACACUUUUCAGACGUUUGUCAUCAUCGCCGGGGCCUUCGUCCUUACCGGCUUCUCCUUCGCUGAAAUCGGCGGCUACAGCGCGCUGAUCGCCAAGUACAGCUCUGCCGUGCCGAGUAACUUCUCCUCCCUGGACGCCCAGCGCUACAACAUCUCCCCCCAGUGCUACACCCCCAGGCAGGACGCCUUCAGCAUGCUGAGGGACCCGACCACGGGGGACCUCCCUUGGCCCGGCGUGCUGUUUGGGAUGACAAUAGGGGGCAUCUGGUACUGGUGCUCUGAUCAGGUGAUUGUGCAGCGAUGCCUUGCAGCUCGCAGCCUGACCCACGUGAAGGCCGGCUGCAUCGUGUGUGGCUACCUCAAGCUGCUUCCCAUGUUCCUCAUGGUGUUCCCCGGCAUGAUCAGCAGGAUCCUCUACCCAGACGAGGUUGGCUGUGUGGUCCCAGAGAUCUGUAAGAAGGUUUGCGGGACCGAAGUGGGCUGCUCCAACAUAGCUUACCCUAAGCUGGUGGUCACAGUCAUGCCCAACGGUCUGCGAGGCCUGAUGCUGGCUGUGAUGCUCGCUGCUCUCAUGUCGUCUUUGGCGUCCAUCUUCAACAGCAGCAGCACCCUGUUCACCAUGGACAUCUGGACCCGCAUCAGACCGCAGGCCACCGAACGGGAGCUCAUCGUGGUGGGCCGUGUGUGGGUCCUGUGCAUCGUGGCCAUCAGCAUCUGCUGGAUCCCCGUUGUUCAGGCAGCCCAGAGCGGUCAGCUCUUCGACUACAUCCAGUCAGUAUCAUGCUACCUGUCCCCACCCAUUGCCUCCGUCUUCCUGCUCGCCGUCUUCGUCAAGAGGGUCAACGAAACGGGGGCUUUCUGGGGCCUGGUCGGCGGUCUGGCCAUGGGCCUGUGCCGGAUGUUGCCAGAGUUCUGGUUUGGAACGGGCAGCUGCAUCUUCCCCUCUCAGUGCCCUUUCCUGGUGUGCGGCGUCCACUACUUGCACUUCGCCAUCAUCCUGUUUUGCUGCACGUCGGUGCUGGUGCUGCUGGUCAGCUUCUGCACGGAGCCCAUCGAAGAUAAGCAUCUCCAUCGUCUGGUGUUCAGCCUUCGGCACUCUAAGGAGGAGAGGAAGGAUCUGGACUGGGAGCAGGAAGAAAGAGCCAGAGGAGCCCAGAAGAAGGCCAAGGACAGGAGGGUAGAGAAGGCUAACGCAGUCACAGAAGCUGAUGGCGGUAAAAAGUCGGGAAUCUGUGGCCUGAUUGGUGGAUUCUGUGGACUGAGCGCAGACCUGCAGGCUCAGGAUGACCAAGCGGCCGAGGCCCCAGAGCCGCCGAUGCCUGACAUCAGCGAGGAGCCGGUGUGGAAGUACACCGUGGACUCCAACGCGCUGGUCAUGAUGGCCGUUGCUGUUUUUCUGUGGGGAUACUUCGCCUGACCGCGCCCGUUUGUCCCCAGCUAAAUAUUUCUGUGUCGCUUUAGCUGGGGACGAGCUCCCAUGGGCUCAUUCCCCAUGGGAGCCAGAGCAGACGAUCAGACGUUUAUCUGGUAGUGGUCACGUCACGCGCUGACUGUAAACAAACCUGUCAUGAAGGAUGACGCCGCCUGUGUCCCCACCCAGUUUAUUACUGUUUUUGUAAUUCUUGCUAACUCUGGCCCCUGCUAGAUAUUAUGUUAUGUUGUUAUGCAGGGAGCACAGACGUGAAUUUCAGCAUGAUGAAGGAACGUGUUUAGUGGUAGAAUGUGAUAAUAUGGCGCUGCUGAGUUUUAUUACACACUUGACUGUAUUAGAAUUGGUUUAUGAGAAACAUGCAGUGAGGAACUAAGCCCAAUAAAUAUCUCUAACCCUCUUCUACCCCCUAUGACUUUUAAAUGCUUGUAUCUCUGUCAAAAUAAAUCCUGUCUUUUCCUAAAGUGGGUCCAGACCCAUUUUAGUAAUAAAUUAGAACAACUUUACUGCAUCUUUGGA